AUGUCACAACCUGAGAUGAGAUACUUCUCCACCAGAGGAGGAAGUGAGACUUUGUCCUUUGAAGAAGCCGUUUUGACUGGAUUGGCACCCAAUGGAGGUCUUUACAUUCCCUCGCACAUUCCUUCACUACCAUCAGACUGGCAAACAUCAUGGUCCAACCUCUCCUUCCCCGAAUUAUCAUUCGAGAUCCUAUCGUUGUUCAUCCCUCGUUCCGUCAUACCCGCCGAAGACCUCAAAUCAAUCAUCAACACUUCAUACUCUACUUUCCGAUCAAAUAAGACCACCCCGCUCAGACAGACAGGAGAGAAAGAAUGGGUAUUGGAACUUUGGCAUGGACCCACUUGGGCAUUCAAGGAUGUCGCUCUGCAGUUCCUUGGUGAACUAUUUAGGUAUUUCUUAGAAAGACGGAAUGGUGUUUUGGAGAAGGAGGGUAAAGAGGAGAGAGAGGAGUUGACUGUUGUUGGUGCCACGAGUGGAGAUACCGGAUCCGCCGCAAUCUACGGUCUUCGAUCCAAACCAUCCAUCACCAUCUUCAUCCUCUAUCCUGACGGACGAAUCUCCCCUAUUCAAGAAGCUCAGAUGGCUACCGUCCCAGACGAAAACGUAUAUUGCGUUGCAGUCGAAAACUCAGAUUUCGAUACCUGUCAAUCUAUCGUCAAGACCCUCUUCUCUGACAAACAGUUUAACUCCACCCAUCGGCUCGGAGCGAUCAACUCUAUCAACUGGGCUAGAAUCUUAGCUCAGAUCGUAUAUUACUUUUCGGCUUAUUUCCAAUUACCUUUCGAAGCUAGAGAAUCAGGUGAUAUUCAAUUUACAGUACCUACAGGAAACUUUGGGGAUAUAUUAGCUGGGUGGUUUGCUAAAAAACUCGGGUUACCAAUGAACCAUCUUGUAGUAGCUACCAACGAGAAUGAUAUCUUAGAAAGAUUCUUUAGAACUGGUAGAUACGAAGCUGAAGAGAAUACUGCUGGACAAGCACCUGAAACCGCCGCUGUGAGUGGAUCAUCAGAUGGUCAACAAGCUACUUCAGCAGGAGGAAGUUCAGUCAAAUCUACUCAUUCUCCUGCGAUGGAUAUUCUCCUUUCGAGUAAUUUCGAGAGAUUACUCUAUUAUCUCGCUCUGGAGACGUUAGAAAACCCUACAAAGGAUGAAGUAGAGGAUAGAUCAAGAGCUCAAGAAAAGUUGAAUGGAUGGAUGAACGAGUUGAAAAAGAACGGCAAAGUCGAUUUGGGCGAGAAGAUCAAAGAGGCUGCUGGGAGGGAUUUCUGGUCAGAGCGAGUAUCUGAUGAUCAGACCCUUGAGGAAAUUCGAAAAUACUAUAAACGUCAGGAAUACGGUCCAUACGUCGUUGAUCCCCAUACUGCCGUUGGUCUAGCAGCAACCGAAAGAUCCCAGAAGAAGUCACCCGACUCAUACUGGAUCACUCUAUCUACCGCUCACCCAGCUAAAUUCUCUUCUGCUGUCGAACUCGCCUUGAAUCCCCAACAGUUCCCCGAGUUCAACUUUAGAGAAAUCGUCUUACCUGAUGAGUUGAAGAAGUUGGAAACACUCGAGAAGAGGGUGCAUAAGGUCAGUGGUGAGCAGGGUGUGAGGGAGUUGAUCGAGAGGGUGAAAAAGGGUGAGAAGGUCGUACCCGGUGAAGGGAAGGGGUCCAUCUAG